AUGAAAUUACUUCUACCGCUUGUGAUAGCUUUUAUUGCUAUUGCCCAAUUUUUUUGUGAAGAAAUUGGUCCAAAAGAAGAUCUUGAUUAUUGGACAAACGAUCAAAUUACGCAGGGCGAGUGGCUGUCGUCUGACCCGUUCAGAGAGAUACUGCGGAGGAUGACGCGGAAACCGCGGCCUCAUCAGUUCUUUGGCCUGAUGGGGAAACGCUCCUCCGCGAAUGCACAGAUAACCCGAAAAAGGCAUAAAAUUAACUCCUUUGUUGGAUUGAUGGGCAAGAGGAGCCAAGACGAACCAGAUUCAUAUGAGUGGAACACACAACAGAACUACAACAAGCGCCGCUAA